AUGGAUCCAUUCAUGUUACAAGAGUUCCAGAGCAAUGUCACAUGCAGCAUUUGCUGCCAGUAUUUCCUGGAUCCUGUCACAUUGGAGUGUGGCCACAGCUUUUGCCGACCCUGCGUCUACCUGAGCUGGGAAGAAGGCUCAUCGCCACUCUGCUGCCCAGAGUGUAGGCAGAAGUCAGAGAAGACAAACUUCAAAACCAACAUAAGACUUCAGAAACUGGCUAAUGCUGCCAGGAUGGACAGAAUGAGCCAGGUCCCCAGCUCACAUGGGCAGGUCUGUGGUGCACACAGCGACGCCACAGGACUACUGGGUGACUUGGACAAGAAUCUGUGCUGUGAUUCUGCCUCUGAAUCUUUCAAAGCCAACGGACAUGGCCACAGCCAGCUGCAGUUUGCUGCUGAGGAAUCCAGGGGAACACUUCUGAAGGAAAUGAGUGCUUUAUGGGAACUGAUGCAGGAAGUGAAAAUCUGUGUGCCCAAGCAAAAAAGGAAGAAGCAUUCAUUUAUGGAGUAUGUGUCCCUAAGGGAGGAGAUGAUCAAGGCACAGUAUCAGAAGAUGCAUAUGCUUCUUCAUGAGGAAGAAGAGCUGCACCUGCAGAGACUGCACAGCGAAGCACGGGAGCUUUUGCAGCAGUUCCAGGACCAUGAAUCGAGCAUGACCCAACACAUACAUUGCGUGAAAGAAAAAUACAAAGAGCUGGUUGAGAUGUGCCACAAGCCUGACAUGGAGUUACUGCAGAAUGUGAAGAUGGAAUUGGAAAGAGCAGAGCUCAUACGGAGAUACAGGCCCCAGCCAGUGGACCCUGUACUGACUUCUUGGAGCAUCAGUGGACUUCAACAGAUGCUGAAUAAUUUCAGAGUGUCUAAUGGUUUGGAAAAGAAUGUGGCGAGUCACUACAUAUGCCUUUCUGAGGAUCUCAGCUCUGAAAUAUUUGGAGAACACCAUGAUGCUCCCAGUCAAGGCCCAAGAGCACAGAGUUUUGUUGCGUGGGGUGCACCGACCUUCCGCUCUGGCAGGCAUUACUUCGAGGUGGAUGUAUCGCACUCCUCCAACUGGAUUCUAGGACUCUGUAGUGAUUCCAGCAUAGAUGACCCCGAUACCUUUAUUGACACAGAGGGUGCAUUUUUCCUUUAUUCCAUGAAGUGUGGUGAUGGUCACAUGCUCUGCACCAGAAAUCCAAGACUACAUCACUAUGUGGAGAGGCCUGUGGGUCUGGUUGGGGUGUUUCUUGAUUGUGAAUAUGGAAUGGUGAGCUUCUAUGAUGUUUCCCAAAGCUCCCUCAUACAUUGUUUCCCUCCAAACUUAUUCUCCUACCCUCUGAAGCCCUUCCUUUGCAUGGGUACUCCAUAA